AUGAAACCCUCCAAGGCAUCCCAGCGCUACAGAAGCAUCCGACGCAAUGCCAGCCAAUGCUAUCUCUACCAGGAGUCCCUGCUACUCAGCAACUUGGAGGACAGCUUCAAUGCAGCUGAAACAGGGGACAGCAGUGACCCGGAACAAAUCUUCCAGAACAUACAGUUCCAGAAGGAUCUCGUGGCAAACAUUCGCUGUCGACCCUGGACCAUGGGACAGAAGCUGAAGGCACUGAGACGAGCCAAGCAGAUUGUGCUGAAGUUUGAAGGGAGGUUGACCAGAACCCGAGGCUACCAAGCAGCAGGUGCAGAGCUCUGGAAGAAAUUUGCUCGCCUCGCCUGCAACUUCAUGGUCAUAUUCAUUCCCUGGGAAAUGAGGAUAAAGAAAAUCGAAAGUCAUUUCGGGUCAGGCGUGGCCUCCUAUUUCAUAUUCUUGAGAUGGCUGUUUGGGAUUAAUAUCGUGCUCACAAUCAUGACAGGGGCUUUUAUUGUCAUCCCCGAGCUGAUAGCCGGCCAGCCAUUCGGAAGCACAGCCAGCAAGAGCAUCCCGGGAGAGCUCCUGGCAUCGGCCCAAGACCUGGACACCGUCUGGUCCCUGGGGGGCUAUCUGCAGUACUCAGUCCUCUUCUACGGCUACUACGGCAGGGAGAGGCGGAUCGGGAGAGCAGGCUACCGGCUGCCCUUGGCCUACUUCCUGGUGGGCAUGGCGGUGUUCGCCUACAGCUUCAUCAUCCUCUUGAAAAAGAUGGCCAAGAACUCCCGCACCAGCCUUGCCAGCGCCUCCCACGAAAACUACGCUUUCUGCUGGCGAGUGUUUUGUGCCUGGGAUUACCUUAUUGGGAACCCCGAGGCUGCAGAGAGCAAAACAGCUGCCAUUGUGAACAGCAUCAGGGAGGCGAUCCUGGAAGAACAGGAGAAGAAGAAGAACAAAAGUCUGGCAGUGACCAUCUGUCUGCGGAUUGUGGCCAACGUCCUGGUGCUUCUCUCACUGGCUGGGAGCAUCUACCUCAUCUACUUCGUGGUGGACCGCUCUCAGAAACUAGAACAAUCCAAGAAGGAGCUGACGCUCUGGGAGAAGAAUGAGGUGAGUGUGGUAGUCUCUUUGGUCACCAUGUUAGCACCAUCAGCAUUUGACCUCAUCGCCGCCCUCGAGAUGUACCACCCACGGACAACGUUGCGCUUCCAGCUGGCAAGGGUCCUUGUGUUGUAUCUGGGGAAUCUCUACAGUCUCAUCAUCGCCCUCCUGGACAAAGUGAACAGCAUGAGCAUUGAGGAAACUGCUACCAAAAACAACACAAGCUAUUGGACAGAUCCUGCCACCUUCUUUGCCACCAGGACAGGUCCCGAAGAAGAGAACUGGCCCACUCUUCAGCCUGGAAUAGCACCCGGGAGAAACAGCACCUGGGCCUCAGAAGACAUGAGCGUGCUUACCUCCACCACGCCACUCACCAAGGCCAACAAGACCACUCUGUCUCCCCAGCGCCUGCAAGGCCAGUGCUGGGAAACAUAUGUGGGUCAGGAGAUGCUGAAACUGUCCAUCAUUGACAUGCUCUUCACCGUGGCCAGCAUCCUGCUCAUAGACUUUUUCCGGGGACUUUUUGUUCGAUAUCUAAGUGACUAUUGGUGCUGGGAUCUGGAGAGCAAGUUCCCUGAGUAUGGGGAAUUCAAGAUAGCAGAGAAUGUGCUGCACUUAGUCUACAACCAGGGAAUGAUUUGGAUGGGUGCCUUUUUCUCGCCUUGUCUCCCGGCCUUCAACGUUCUGAAGCUCAUUGGGCUCAUGUAUCUGCGGAGCUGGGCCGUGCUGACCUGCAAUGUGCCCCACCAGCAAGUCUUUCGGGCAUCCAGGUCCAACAACUUCUACCUGGCCAUGCUCUUAUUCAUGCUGUUCCUGUGCAUGCUGCCCACCAUAUUUGCGAUUGUCCGGUACAAGCCCUCUCUGAACUGUGGGCCCUUCAGCGGACAAGAGAAAAUUUAUGACAUCGUAUCGGAAACGAUUGAGAAUGACUUUCCUGCGUGGUUUGGCUCUGUGUUUGGCUACAUCAGCAGCCCUGUGGUCAUCCUGCCUGCUGUGCUGCUUCUCUUCAUGCUCAUCUACUACCUUCAGAGCAUCGCACGGUCACUUCGGCUCAGCAACCAGCAGCUCAGAAUGCAGAUCCAAAACGCGAGAUCUGAAGAUAAGAAAAAGGUUGCCCAAAUGGUAGAAGGUACAGCAAUGCCAGCUACAGCAAGGAUGGCAGGACCACGAACUGGAAGAGAGGCACACGAGAAUACAGGGAGGCCUCAUGGGACUUGGAGAGCCCGAAUCCAGACCCAGGAGGAAAGCACCAAGAGGCUUCCUAAGGAAAACGAGCUUGUCAGCCCUGCAACACCCCAAAAUAACGGCACUGUGCUCAAUUUUGAUUCCCUGAGCAGUAAGAGUAGCCGAAUAGAGACGGUCACCCAAGUCCUGCCCCAGAGCCCCAGGCUACGGCAGAGGGGCCCCUGCUCACCUCCUCCUGGAGUUGCCAAGUCCAGGCCAGAGCUGGAUACCAACAGGUACGCACACAGCCCAAGCGCAAGCACAGGUGACCUGUACAGGGGCGGGUCCUACACACCCGGGACGCUGACAAAGCAUAUUGAAGAUAUUCGCUCAGCACCGCUUUCCCGAAAAGACUUCCAGCCCACCAGCCCUCCCACACGUGGCCCAAGAGUCCCGGUCUGGGGAGCGGGUGACCCCCGGCCCCACACCCCAAGAUACUACAUCAUCCACGAGCGUGACACUCACAGGAAGACUCCUUCCGCUUUCUGGCCAGAAAGGCAUUUCAAGAUGAGCGCCUCCGGUGACCUAGUGGAGGUGUACCCCAGAAGCGCACGGCAAUACGUGUCCCGCCUCCACCAGCCCCACUCCCCACCCCCGAGUGAAGAAGAGGACGAGAUACAGAGAGAUCUGAUCGAACGGUCUUGCCCUCCUCGCUCUCUGACUGACCUCCGCCGGGUUCCCCACUUCUACAUCGGAGAAAGGUCACGGAGCCAGACCCUGGCUCCCGGGCUCCACAAGUCUUGGCACAAGGGCUUUGAGAUUGAACCGGACAGGCCUCUGUAUGUGCUCAAGAAGCCUCACUCCCGAAACCUCCCACAUCCUCCGCAGCCUCCGAAACACAGAGGCAAGCCCAGAACGGAGCCAUCCAUCACGGAGUCUGACUCCAUGUCUGCCGCAUCCAGUAGUGACCAGCAGAACAGCGGCACUGACCAGUACCUGCAGAUCUUCCACAGCCAGGCCAAGUUUCCCCGGUCUCCAGGCCCCCCAGGCAAGAGGAAGGCCAAGUCCAGGCAAGAGCUGGCCACAGACCUGAUUUGUUCCAAUGUCUGA